GGCAAGAUAUUAUAGUUGAUAUUAAUCAGUUAAUGUUUAGAAUUAAAAGUUAUGGAUCUCUGGUCAAAUUAGUUUGGGUUCCUGCUCAUAUUGGAGUAAUAGGAAAUGAGUUGGCAGAUAGUUUUGCUAAGAAUGCAGCAAAAAGUGUAUUGUUGAUUUAAAUAUUAAAAUGAGUAAAAAUGAGGUUAAAAAUAUUAGUAAAAUGUAUAUUAAGAAUAAAUGGCAGGAACAGUGGGAUAAAGGAAGCAAUGCCAGAUUUUAUUAUAGCAUCCAAAGAAAAGUUGGAGAAUUUAGGAAAUGUAACAGGAAUAAAAAAGAAGAAGAUAUUAUAUCUAGAUUAAGGUUUGGACAUACAGGUUUAAACAGUACUCUUAAAAUAAUUAAUAAACAUGAUACAGGUUUCUGUAGUUAUUGUGGGAAAUUAGAAACAAUACAACAUUUUUUUUUAGAAUGUAGUAAGUAUGUUCGAGAAAGGGAGGAGUUAAUUAGAAAUUUAAAUAGGAAUAAAAAUAAAUUAGAUAUUAGAAGUUUGCUUCAAAGAUCAUCGGGGGAUGUAGUUUUUAAUAGUAUUUUUAAUUUUCUAAGAAGAACAGGUAUUAUGGGAAGAUUAUAGUGAUUUUACAUCUGAUCCAUACUCCAGUCUAGAAGGUGGCGGUAAUGCACCUAAAAGUUGUUUGCCAACCGCCAUAAAAAAAAACAAGAAGAAGAAGAAGAAGAAACAAUAUGGCUGCUCCCUAUGGCUGUCAUGCCGAGCUGAGAAAAUAGUUCAGUUUGAACUAUUUUGACUUUUAUGUUAGUUUUGCAGAUUGUGAAAGCUAGCUGCGAGUUGGUUUUAUUCGGUUAACUCAUGCUAGCACCGAAGGUUGUCGGAAUGGUUCCAGCCUUAAGAGGGAAGGUCAGACCGGUGGUCUAUCUGAACCGGAGACUGUCCACCCAGGAGCAGGCUGGACCUCCGGACUCUCCCCCGGAGAGUCAGUUACCUGCGGUCAAGGUGCGAAGACCGAGAAAGGACCCCAGGGGCCAUUCCGUGCUUCUCUUCCCCGGGCAGGGUAGCCAGUUUGUGGGUAUGGGUAAAGGACUGACGAAGUACCCCAAUGUGACAGAGAUGUUCUCCGCAGCGGAGAAGAUUCUCGGCUACGACCUGCUGACACUGUGCCUGGAGGGGCCGGAGAAGGACCUGCUGAAGACGGUGCACUGUCAGCCGGCGGUGUUCGUCACCUCUCUGGCUGCGGUGGAGAAGCUGCACUAUGAAAACCCACAGGCUAUUGAGACGUGUGUCGCUGCUGCAGGUUUCAGUGUUGGUGAAUUUGCUGCUCUUGUUUUUGCUGGAGCCAUGAACUUUUCAGAAGCUUUGUAUGCAGUGAAGGUGCGUGCAGAGGCCAUGCAGAAAGCCUCUGAACUGGUUCCCAGUGGGAUGCUGUCAGUUGUCGGCAGACCGCAGGCUCAUUAUAAAUACGCCUGCCUUCAAGCCAGAGAACACUGCAAGAGUCUGGGGAUUGAGGACCCUGUUUGCUCUGUGGCCAACUAUUUAUUCCCGGAUGGCAGGGUCAUUGCAGGGCACAAACAGGCCCUGGACUUCCUCCAGCAGAACUCGCGCCGUCUAGAGUUCAUCAGGGCCAAACCUCUCCCAGUUAGCGGAGCAUUCCACACCGAGCUGAUGGCGUCAGCUACCAAACCACUAAGAGAGGUGCUGCAGCAGGUGGAGGUGCGACGCCCUGAGAUCAGGGUCUACUCCAACGUGGACGGAAAGCGCUACAUGAGUGAAAGCCACAUUCGCAAGCAGCUGGUCAAACAGCUGGUGUCGCCGGUGAAAUGGGAGCAGGCGCUGCAUGAAAUCUACGAAAGGAUGCAGGGGGAGAGUUUCCCUCAAACAUACGAGGUUGGCCCCGGGAAGCAGCUGGGCGCCACGCUGCAGAAGUGCAACAGGAAGGCCUCUCAGUUGUACGCUCACGUGGACGUCACCGCAAGCGAAAAGUGACUCUAAUGAUGGAAAAGAUUGUGUAUAACUGUGUAUUUAAUGAAAUGUUUUUAAAUAAACACGCCAGUCGGUUUUUCUCA